AUGCCUCCAGUAACUAUCUCUGGUCAAGAGCUCAUCGACCUGGCCUGGCAGCAGCAACCUAUCGCAGCAAGCGACUUCGCCGCUGGCGUGACGACCGCUACUAUCGUAGUGCUUGUCCUCAGUGCCCUGGCUGUGGGGUUACGCGUAUGGGUUCGUACGUCGUUCUUUCUGGACCGUCAAAUCUGGGGAUGGGAUGACACACUCGCAGUACUGAGCUUGGUAACCUUUAUACCGUCAUGCGUGUUCAUCAUCCUCGCCGCUCACUAUGGGCUUGGUAGGAGAGAUGCCGACAUCACCCCACUGCUGAGGGCUAGGGCUGCGCUCUACUUGGGAUACUGGCAGAUGUUCUACGCGACGUCUACCAACCUGGUCAAAGCCGGCAUUGCCAUGACCCUGCUGCGUCUCACGGCGCAACGACGAUAUCGGUACCCUAUCCUGGGCAUCAUGAUUUCGCCAGCGCUCUUCACUGUCGGAGUGGUCAUUGUGCUGGUCACGACAUGCUACCCCCUCGGGGCUCAGUGGGAUCUUGCUUUGGCUAGGUGUGCCGCCCACGACGUGAUGGCGCAGCUGAGCUACCUCUUUACUGUAUUCACGGUCCUCUUGGACUGGGCUUGUGCCGUGAUUCCGUACCUACUCUUACGGGAUCUGGAGAUGAGGAAGGCGGUCAAGAUAACUCUUCUUGCUGUGCUGAUGUUCGGCGGCCUUGCGGGCGUUUGUGCUAUUAUUCGGUUGCCGUACUUGAAGUACUACCUUAUCGAAAAGGACCAGCUGUACUAUUUCGCCAACAUUGUGCUCUGGUCGACAGUCGAGAACGCGAUCGGGAUCAUUGCCGCCUCCCUACCCAUGAUUCGCAAGCUGUUCGGCAUCUACGCGACGAGCAGCCGCGAAGAAUCACAACCGGUGGAGAGGGCAGGGGCGGUUGAGACUAUCGGAGGGACCCCUUUAACCAAGCAUCAUACUUCUAUCCAGUUGAAGUCGAUGAGCUCAAGCAGGCUGAAGUCUUCGACUCUGAGGUCUGGGGAACAUGGCAGGUGGAACCGGUUGGAUGGUGCCAACUCAAGUCAAGAGGAGAUGGUCCGUUCGAACACUGGCGGCCGAUACUGA